AUGACAGCCAAUGGCACAGGGACAGACACCAACGACUCCUGGGCCCUUGCCAGCCAUGCCACGGGCCUCACCGCCUUCUCCAUGGGUGGCUGGCAGCUGGCUCUGUGGGCCACGGCCUACCUGGCCCUGGUUCUGGUGGCCGUGACAGGCAAUGCCACAGUAAUAUGGAUUGUCCUGGCGCACCCGCAGAUGCGCACCGUCACCAACUACUUCAUCGUCAACCUGGCCCUGUCUGACCUCUGCACUGCCACCUUCAACACGGCCUUCAACUUCGUCUACGCCAGCCACAACGUCUGGUACUUCGGCCGCGCCUUCUGCUACUUCCAGAACCUCUUCCCCAUCACGGCCGUCUUUGUCAGCAUCUACUCCAUGACAGCCAUCGCUGCUGAAAGGUACAUGGCCAUCGUCCACCCCUUCCAGCCGCGACUUUCAGCCCUGGCCACCCGGGCAGUGAUCGCUGGCAUCUGGCUGGUAGCACUGGCCCUGGCCUUCCCGCAAUGCCUCUACUCUACCAUCACCCAGGACCAAGGCGCCACCAAGUGCUUGGUGGCCUGGCCCGAAGACGGAGGGGGCAAGACACCACUCCUGUACCACCUGGUGGUGAUCGCCGCCAUCUACGUGCUGCCGCUGCUGGCGAUGCUCGCGGCCUACAGCGUCAUCGGCUUCACGCUGUGGAAGCGGCCGGUGGCCGUGGCUGGGCGGCAGGUGCAUGGCGCCGCCUCCUGGCGCCGCCUGCGGGCCAAGAAGAAGUUCGUGAAGGCCAUGGUGCUGGCGGUGGGGACGUUCGCCGUGUGCUGGCUGCCCUACCACCUCUACUUCCUCCUGGGCCACUUCCAGGACGGCAUCUACCGCCACGGCUUCAUCCAGCAGCUGUACCUGGCCCUCUUCUGGCUGGCCAUGAGCUCCACCAUGCACAACCCCAUCAUCUACUGCUGCCUCAACCGCAGGUUUCGCUCUGGAUUUCGCCUCGCCUUCCACUGCUGCCCCUGGGUCACGCCAAGGGAAGAGGACAAGAUGGAGCUGACCCACACUGCGUCCGUGUCCCUGAGGGCCACCAGGCGCAGCACCAAAGAGAUUUUCUUCAUGGUUGGGGCCGUGGUUCCCUCUGAGACACCCCAGGACGGGGGACCUACUAAACUCUGA